AUGAUUCGUUUUGCAAUCUUAGUUGUUUUGUUUCUUUUUUGUUUUACAUCAUCCCUUGCAACCAAUAAAGUGGAUGUAGAAGCUAUUUGCAAGAAAUCAAAAAAUCCUUCUUUUUGUGACAAUCUUCUUAAAUCAAAGCCUGGUGGUGUAGGUGGAGACCUUGGUAGUCUAGCACAAUACACCAUUGAAGUACUUCGCACCGAUGUGUCAAAUACAAUCACCCUAAUCACAAAAUUAAUAGAAGAAAGUGGUAGCGAUCCCAUGAAACAAACACAGUACAAGAAUUGUUUGUCUCUCUUUGGAAUGGAGGAGGGUGCUCUUGGUGAAAUUGAGGAGGUUCUACAAAUGUUGAAGAAUUCCGAUUACAAUGGUAUGAACUUACAUAUGAGUAUUGUUCAGACCAAUGUUGAUGAAUGUCUUUCAGGAGAUUCAGAAGAUUCAUCGACUCAAAAUAAUCCAGAGUUAUCAAAAAAUGUCGCUGUUGUUGAUCAAGUUGCUCAGAUUAUUCUUAUCAUGUCAAAUAUGUUUAGAAAAUAG